AUGGUCCAGGUCACCGUCCAGCUUAAGGGCGCAAAGCCCGUCGAGCUCAACCUCGACGGCACCGUUCACCAGGUCACCGUCGCCGACGUCAAGCGCGGCGUCCAGAAGCAGGUCACUAAGUUCGUGCCCAACCGCCAGCGCCUCACCCUCGUUCCUACCGGCAAGGAGAAGCCGACCGCCCUCACCGAGGACAACAAGAGCCUCGCCGACUACGGUCUGUCUGGCAGCAAUGUCACUAUCCGCCUUAAGGACCUGGGCUACCAGGUUGCCUACCGCGCUCUCUAUCUUUGGGAAUACCUCUCGCAGAAGAUCUACGGCCCGUAUGAGCCCUCGACUCUGCAGCUCUGUGCGUACUACUGGGGCAUUACCGGCGGCCUGAUCGGCCUCACGCUCUACCGCCCGGCCUACGGUGCCAAGGCGCUUAAGGGCACUCUCCUCGACAACCCCAAGUGGAUCGGUUUCUGGACCGCGUUCAUCAUCAUCAACGAGCUCCUCAACCUGAACACUCACCUGCACCAGGCAUCCAUUCGCACGCCCCCCGGCGUCAAGCGCAAGUACCCCACCGGCUUCGGCUUCCAGUGGAUCGUGUGCGCCAACUACUUCUUCGAGACCAUGGGCGUCCUCGGCAUGGUCAUCAUGACUGGCGGCGACAUCGGCACCAUCGUCUACCUCGCCAUCGCGUCCUACUUCAUGGGCACCUGGGCCAAGGGCAAGUACAGGCGUUACAAGAAGGAGCAGGACCCCAAGGUCUUCCCCGGCCGCCGCUGGAUCUACAUCCCCGGCCUGUUCUAA